AUGGAAGCCAUGCAAUCCUCUGCUUCGUGUCCGUUCUAUUGGACCCUCCUCGCUUGCCAGCUGUUUGCGCUUCCCUUGAAUGAGUGUGGGCUGUUGGCUUGGGCAACGCGGCCUCGUUUGGGCGACGGUGGCAUGACUGAGGUGGCCGACCCAGUGCCCGGCAGAGACAAACACGAACCUACCCAAUUAUUACUGUGUUUUGGUACGCGAUCCUUCCUUUGCCCACGGAUUCACGCCCCUCGUGCCGUGCCCCAUGCUUUAUCCAGCAUCAGCUGCAGAGUCGAUGCGCCGUCACCGUCGCCGCCUCUCCGGAUCACAAGCUCCAUCUAUCGCGGUCCCCUUCGCGCACGAACCGUUUCAAGACGCUGUCCGCUUUGUCCCCGACGAAAUGGCCCACACCCUCGCGUGUUUGACGACGGCGGCCUUUGUCGUCGAGCGUGUCUCGCGCUUAUCUGCGAAUUAACACUUAUUAGCAUGCAGGGAUCCUUCUGCCAGCCUGGCGACGCUUCCCCACACUCUCUCUUCCUGUCUUCACCUGCCAACGUCGAGCGCGGCUGGCCUUGUCGAGUGCGAGGCGCGUGCCGACGACACUCAGCAAACGCGCGUGUGCAAAGCGUCCGCACGCAGCCUGUGCCGCGCACCGAUAAAGGACGGGGGUCCGUCUGCGUCGCUUGGAGACACGCCAUCCCGCCCAUGCUGCCGGCCAUGCGCCGUGAAAUGGCCCAAACCUACCGCUCGGCAUCCUCAUGGCGCCAAUCUCCCCCUGGCAAAAUGGCUGACCAAGAUCCAUACCUGCCGCACCAGUUCAUGAAUCCUGGCCCGGCGCCCAAGCCGCCGAUCAGCCCAACACGGCCCGCCAAGGGGCCCACGCAUCUCGUCACCGGCGGCCGGCCCGGCUCACCCCUCACCACCACGGCCAUCUCGACCCUCGCCGGCUCAACCGUCCCUCUGCAAGUCGCCCAGCGCAAGCACAAAAAUGGCGCCGGAUUCGAGUCGGCCCCGUCCGGGAGACGCGGAUGGGCCGCCGUUCGCGAGGGAAGCUUCCUGCAGCCCUGGAAGCAGCGUUUCCUUGUCCUGCGCAAGGAGUGGAUUGACUUCUCCAAGGCAGACGGCGAGAAGCCUGUAUACACCCUCUUCCUCAAGGACAUUGUCGGCGUCGGUCGCGUCGAGACGACGACGCCCGCCUUUGAGUUUGAAGUCCGCCGGCGCAUCGACGGCCCCUCCAACAGCCCCGGCGACAAGGACGGCUCCAUCAAGACGCUGCAGCUGAGGACAAAGACCGAGUACGACCUCUACACCUGGAUGGACUUCAUCUACAACUCCUGUCCCUACAUCGGAGGCGUGAGCAACCCUACCAACUUCUCGCAUGCCGUCCACGUCGGCUUCAACGCGAACACGAGGGAGUUUGUUGGGCUGCCGCUCGAGUGGACUCGCUUGCUCAAGGCGUCGGCCAUUACCAAGGAGGACUAUGCGCGGAACCCGCAAGCCGUCAUCCAAGCCGUCGACUUCUACGCGGACCUGACCAAGCGCUCUGAUAACCCACACGAAUACCUGGGGCUCUCCCCGAAGCACAUUGUCGAGUCUCCGAGCCGCGACGCCAGCCCCGCGAGGCCGACGGAAAAGGACAAUGCGCCGGCGUCACCGCCGCCGCCAAAGGAACCUCGGCCAGGGCAGUCACCCCUGCGGGAACCUGACACGAUUCAGGCGCACCGCCCGGCUCCGCGUCCGCCCAAGGCUCCCGAGAUGGUCAAGACGGCGGAUGUCGAAGUGGACACCUCGCACUUUCCACAGCCGCCGCGACCCCAAGGACAAGGGCCGGCGAAGCAGCCGCCGCGGCCCCAAGGCGAGGGACAAGGACAGCAGCCGUCGCGUCCCCAAGGAAAAGGACUGGCGAAGCAGCCGCCACGUCCCGAAGGAGAGCCACACGGACAGCAGCCGCCGGCGCCGCGUCCCCAAGGGCACGGACGAGGACAAGGACAAGCGAACCACCCGCUGCGUCCCCUAGAACACGGACACGGACAAGGACCGGCGAAGCCGAUGCCGCGUCACCCCGAACAAGGACUAGCCAAGCAGCCGCUGCGUCCCCAAGGAGAAGGACACGGCCCGCAGCCGCCGCGUGUCAAGGGACCAGGACCGGCACACCAGCCGCCGCAUCCGCAAGGGCAGGGACAGGGCCAGGCGAAUCACCCGCCGCAUCCCCACGCCCAGCGACAGGCGACCCACGCGCCGCCCCCCCACGGUCAAGGUCCAGUGAAGCAGCCGCCGCGUCCCCAAGGACAAGGACUGGCACAACAGGCGCACCAUCCCCAAGGACAGGGGCAAGAACAGGCGAACCACGCGCCGCGUCCGCCACCACAAGGGCAUGGGCACGGACUACCGAAGCAGUCGCCGGGGCCGAUCGCCAAGCCGGUCGAUGCGAGCGCAGGGGUGAAAACGAUGGGGCCCAAGGCAGGGCCCAAGGCGGCCGACGCCAAACCGGUCGAGAACGACGUGACCCCAAUCUCCAUACCGCUGAAGCGGCGGCAGGUUGUGCGCCACCUGAGGGCGUCCGAGGCCGACCUCAUUACAAGGCUCCAGUCCGUCAUCUCACACGACAACCCUGAUCUCUCAUACAACCGCCAAAAGAAGAUUGGCCAAGGCGCUUCGGGCUCGGUGUACGUGGCCAAGAUCAAGGAUGGCGCCGUCGGCAUCGCGCGGGACAUUCGAACUCGCCGGGGGAGCAGUGCGCGCGUCGCCAUCAAGGAGAUGAACCUGGCGCGUCAGCCGCGAAAAGAGCUCCUCAUUGACGAAAUCAUGAUCAUGAAGGAGAGCCGGCACCCCAACAUCAUCAAUUUCCUCGACGCGUUCCUGCUCAACGAGAAUAGAAUGCUCUGGGUAGUGAUGGACUAUAUGGAGGGCGGAGCGCUCAUCGACAUUAUAGACAACAACCCGGAAAUCUCGGAGGCGCAGAUUGCGACGAUUUGCAAAGAGACGUGCAAGGGCUUGCAGCACCUGCACGCGCAGGGCAUCGUGCACCGCGACAUCAAGAGCGACAAUGUGCUCCUCGACAGGCGCGGCAACGUCAAGAUUACCGACUUUGGAUUCUGCGCCAAACUGACGGAGCGACGGUCCAAGCGCGCGACCAUGGUGGGCACGACGUACUGGAUGGCGCCCGAGGUGGUGAAGCAGAACAAGUACGGGAGGAAGAUUGACAUUUGGUCGCUCGGCAUCAUGGCGAUUGAGAUGAUUGAGCUGCAGCCGCCAUACAUGGACGAGGAGCCGCUGCGGGCGCUGUAUCUCAUCGUGACCAACGGGACGCCGCCGCUGCGCGACCCGGAGAGGCUCAGCCCGUCCCUCCGGGACUUUCUGGCCGUGUGCCUGCGAGUCGAUGUGGAGCAGCGGGCGACGGCGGACGAGCUCCUGGACCAUGCGUUCCUGCAGCUGGGAUGCCCGACGGGGGAUCUGAUGCCGCUGAUGGAGUUUAAAGGGUAG